GCACGGCGCGGGGUCCGGCUGUCGGGAAGGCGCGGCGGCUGCGGCGGCCGGGAAGAUGCCAGUGGCGGUGAUGGCGGAAAGUGCCUUUAGUUUCAAGAAGCUGCUGGAUCAGUGCGAGAACCAGGAGCUCGAGGCUCCUGGAGGUAUUGCUACACCCCCAGUGUAUGGCCAGCUUCUGGCUUUAUAUCUGCUCCAUAAUGACAUGAAUAAUGCAAGAUAUCUUUGGAAAAGAAUACCACCUGCUAUAAAGUCUGCAAAUUCUGAACUUGGAGGAAUCUGGUCGGUAGGACAGAGAAUCUGGCAGCGAGACUUCCCUGGGAUCUACACGGCCAUCGGUGCCCACCAGUGGUCCGAGACGGUCCAGCCCAUCAUGGAGGCGCUCAGAGACGCCACACGGAGACGCGCCUUCGCCCUGGUCUCCCAGGCCUACACCUCCAUCAUCGCCGACGACUUUGCCGCCUUCGUGGGGCUUCCUGUGGAAGAGGCCGUGAAAGGUAUUUUAGAACAAGGAUGGCAGGCGGACUCCACCACCAGGAUGGUGAUGCCCAGGAAGCCAGGGGCCCUGGACGUGUCCUUCAACAGGUUUAUCCCCCUCUCAGAGCCAGCCCCGGUUCCGCCGAUCCCCAACGAGCAGCAGUUAGCCAGACUGACCGACUACGUGGCCUUCCUGGAAAACUGAGCCGGCGUCCGGAGGGCGAGUCCACCUUCGGCAUCCUUGUACUGACCGAUAAAGAAAUGUCAAACUUCCAUUUCCAGUUUAUUGGACGGACUAAGCCCCUCAGCCUUCCUCACUGAGUAUGUGAUAAAGUGCGUGUGUAACGUAAGGUAUUGCUAUAUUGUUUGUCCUCAAGACGUGAUGCUGAAGAGUUGAGACGAUUCUCGCGCGUGAUAUUUGGCAGUUGAGACGGAGCCGUCAGUAGCUCCACUUAGUUCCCAUCUCCCAGGGACUCACGAGGCCCAGCCCCCCGCACGCAGAGCCGCGGGCCCCCCAUUUCUGCUGCGCCGGCCUGAGUGUCAUCGUGACCCCGGGCCGAGGGCCAGUGUCUGAGCCGCUGGGGCCCGACGCCCCUGGAGACGCAGCCUGCAGAGCGCUGAGGUGCCGCAGAGGGGCGGCAGCAUCCCCCGAAGCCAGGGGCACCCUCGGGCUUGCCGUGGUGGCAGGAUGGGUCCGCUGCUGGGCGGGGCGGGUGUGGGGCACAACUCCCGGGGUGCGCUGUGAGGUGUCGGCUGCAGUGCUGGCUCACAGAAGAGGCGACGGGCUCUGCGCCCUACCCGCAGCCACUCACCACGCCGGGGUUCAGGCCCCACCUCUGGGAGGGAUGCUGGCCGCGGCUCCCUGGGGCCCGCCCUGCCUGUCUGAAGUUGUCACUGUGUCUUUGGAGGAGGCACCCCACUUCAGUUCUGCUUUUAGUCAAUAAAUAUUUAAUUGAAUUCUUCAACUGUUUCGUCUAAGAUAGUUUCUGGAAAUUUCAUUGGUCUUCUAUGGACACAUUCUAAUUUGUUACUUUCUCUCUCAAAAUACAAACUUCCAGCAGCCCAAUUAGCGGCAAUUCCGUGAUUCUUGUUUUCACGCAUUUCAAAUACAUUUUCUCAUUUUAAAAAUGUUGCACCGACUACUUCAGUUUUUUUAACAUUUAUG